CUCAAGCACAUUAGCACAGACAAUAUGAAAUUUCAGUUUGUGUAAUAUCUAUACACGGAUGCAGAUACGUUUCUAUAAUCAAUGACACUUGUUUAUGGAUAGCAAAUCUUUCUUUUUCAUCGUUGUGCGUUUACCGUAUCGGAGGUUAUAAAAUGACUCGUAAACGCCGUAACGGAGGACGCGCUAAGCACGGCCGUGGACAUGUCAAGGCAGUAAGAUGCACGAAUUGUGCAAGAUGCGUUCCAAAGGACAAGGCUAUCAAGAAAUUUGUGAUUAGAAAUAUCGUUGAAGCUGCCGCUGUUAGGGACAUAAACGAAGCCUCCGUUUACACCUCAUUCCAGCUCCCCAAGCUAUAUGCCAAGUUGCAUUACUGUGUGUCAUGUGCUAUCCACAGCAAAGUUGUGCGCAACAGGUCAAAGAAGGACAGACGUAUUCGUACGCCACCUAAGAGCAACUUCCCGCGAGACAUGUCCCGCCCACAGAAUUUGCAACGGAAGUAAAUUAAUAAAUUUAUAAGAAAAAUCAA